GCUUGCUCCCAAUCACAGGAGCAGCAGGAGGAGGAGGAGGAGGAGGAGGAGGGCUGCCUUGAGGAAGUACAAAAUGAAGUUGUGAGCUGAACCUCCCCGCGAUCGUGGCCGAGCGACCAGGAGCACCCCGAGGCUGCCGCCUGCCCUCCCCGGGUGCCGGCCCGGCGCCCAGCUCUCGCCCUCUGCUUCGCCGCGCCCGGCGCCCGCGCAGCCUGGUCCAGCCGGAGCCAUGGAGCCGGAGCCGCAGUAAGCACCAUGGAGUUGGCGGCCUGGUGCCGCUGGGGGCUCCUCUUCGCCCUCCUGCCCCCCGGAGCCGCGGGCACCCAAGUGUGCACCGGCACAGACAUGAAGCUACAGCUCCCCGCCAGCCCCGAGACCCACCUGGACAUGCUUCGCUACCUCUACCAGGGCUGUCAGGUGGUGCAGGGUAACCUGGAGCUCACCCACCUGCCUGCCAAUGCCAGCCUCUCCUUCCUGCAGGAUAUCCAGGAGGUGCAGGGCUACGUGCUCAUCGCCCACAACCAAGUGACGCAGGUCCCGCUGCAUAGGCUGCGAAUCAUACGAGGCACCCAGCUCUUCCAGGACAAAUUUGCCCUGGCGGUGCAGGACAAUGGAAACCCACCAGACCAUGCCACUUCUGCCCCAGGGGCUGCCCCAGGAGGGUUGCAGGAGCUGCAGCUUCGAAGCCUCACAGAGAUCCUGAAGGGAGGCGUCCUGAUCCUGCGGAACCCCCAGCUUUGCUACCAGGAGACAAUUUUGUGGAAAGACAUCUUCCAUAAGAACAACCAGCUGUCCCUGGAGCUGGUAGAUGCCAACCACUCACGGAUCUGCAGGCCCUGUUCCCCAGCUUGUAAAGUUUCCCGCUGCUGGGGAGAGAGUUUCAAGGAUUGUCAGAGCUUGACCCGCACUGUCUGUGCCAGUGGCUGUGCCCGCUGCAAAGGCCCGCUGCCCACCGACUGCUGCCACGAGCAAUGUGCUGCUGGCUGCACGGGCCCCAAGCACUCUGACUGCCUGGCCUGCCUCCACUUCAACCACAGUGGCAUCUGCGAGCUGCACUGCCCACCCUUGGUCAUCUACAACACGGACACCUUCGAGUCUGUGCUCAACCCUGAGGGACGUUACACCUUUGGCGCCAGCUGUGUGGUCACCUGUCCCUACAACUACCUGUCUACGGAUGUGGGGUCCUGCACCCUGGUCUGUCCGCUGAACAACCAAGAGGUAACUGCUGAGGACGGGACCCAGCAGUGUGAGAAAUGCAGCAAGCCCUGUGCUCGAGUGUGCUAUGGCCUGGGCAGGGAACACUUGCGGGAGGUGAGGGCGGUCACCAGUGCCAAUAUCCAGGAGUUUGCUGGCUGCAAGAAGAUCUUUGGGAGCCUGGCAUUUCUGCCUGAAAGUUUUGAGGGGGACCCAGCCUCCAACAUUGCCCCCCUACAGCCUGAGCAGCUCAGAGUGUUUGAGAUGCUGGAAGAGCUCACAGGUUACCUGUACAUUUCCGCAUGGCCAGACAACCUGCCUGACCUCAGUGUCUUCCAGAAUCUGCGAGUCAUUCGGGGACGAGUUUUGCACGACGGUGCCUACUCACUGACCCUGCAAGGGCUGAGCAUCAGCUGGCUGGGGCUGCGCUCACUGCGAGAGCUGAGCAGUGGGCUGGCCCUUGUCUACCACAAUGCUCAUCUCUGCUUCGUGCACACGGUGCCCUGGGACCAGCUCUUCCGGAACCCUCACCAGGCCCUGCUGCACAGUGCCAACCGGCCAGAGGAUGAGUGCGUGGGCAAGAACCUGGCCUGCCAUUCGCUGUGUGCCCAUGGGCACUGCUGGGGUCCCGGGCCCACCCAGUGUGUCAACUGCAGCCAGUACCUUCGGGGCCAGGAGUGCGUGGAGGAAUGCCGAGUACUGCAGGGGCUUCCCCGGGAGUAUGUGAAGGACAGACACUGUCUGCCGUGCCACCCCGAGUGUCAGCCCCAGAAUGGCUCAGAAACUUGCUUUGGAUUGGAGGCUGACCAGUGUAUGGCCUGCGCCCACUACAAGGACGGUCCCUUCUGUGUGGCUCAUUGCCCCAGUGGUGUGAAACCUGACCUCUCAUUCAUGCCCAUCUGGAAGUUCCCGGAUGAAGAGGGCAUAUGCCAGCCAUGCCCCAUCAACUGCACUCACUCCUGUGUGGACCUGGACGAGAAGGGCUGCCCCGCUGAGCAGAGAGCCAGCCACGUGACGUCCAUCAUCACCACUGUGGUGGGCGCCCUGCUCUUCGUGGUCGUGGGGUUGUUCCUGGGCGUCGUUAUCAAGCGGCGGCGGCAGAAGAUCCGGAAGUACACGAUGCGGAGGCUGCUGCAGGAAACGGAGCUGGUGGAGCCUCUGACGCCCAGUGGAGCGGUGCCCAACCAGGCUCAGAUGCGGAUCCUGAAAGAGACGGAGCUGAGGAAGGUGAAGGUGCUCGGAUCUGGAGCUUUCGGCACCGUCUACAAGGGCAUCUGGAUCCCCGAUGGUGAGAAUGUGAAAAUCCCAGUGGCCAUCAAAGUGUUGAGGGAAAAUACAUCCCCUAAAGCCAACAAAGAAAUCUUGGACGAGGCAUACGUGAUGGCUGGUGUGGGCUCCCCAUAUGUAUCCCGCCUCCUGGGCAUCUGCCUGACAUCCACGGUGCAGCUGGUGACACAGCUCAUGCCCUAUGGCUGCCUCCUAGACCAUGUCCGUGAACACCGUGGACGCCUGGGCUCCCAGGACCUGCUGAACUGGUGUGUACAGAUUGCCAAGGGUAUGAGCUACCUGGAGGACGUGCGGCUCGUGCACAGGGACUUGGCUGCCCGGAACGUGUUGGUUAAGAGCCCCAACCAUGUUAAGAUUACAGACUUCGGGCUGGCACGGCUGCUGGACAUCGAUGAGACUGAGUACCAUGCGGAUGGGGGCAAGGUGCCUAUCAAGUGGAUGGCAUUGGAGUCCAUUCUCCGCAGACGGUUCACCCACCAGAGUGAUGUGUGGAGCUACGGUGUGACGGUGUGGGAGCUGAUGACUUUUGGGGCCAAACCUUACGAUGGGAUCCCAGCGCGGGAGAUCCCUGACCUGCUGGAGAAGGGGGAACGGCUACCCCAGCCCCCCAUCUGCACUAUAGAUGUCUACAUGAUCAUGGUCAAAUGUUGGAUGAUUGACUCUGAGUGUCGGCCACGGUUCCGGGAGUUGGUGGCUGAAUUCUCCCGCAUGGCCAGGGACCCCCAGCGCUUUGUAGUUAUCCAGAAUGAGGAUAUGGGCCCAGCCGGCCCCUUGGACAGCACCUUCUACCGCUCACUGCUGGAAGAUGACGACAUGGGGGACCUGGUGGAUGCAGAGGAAUACCUGGUGCCCCAGCAGGGCUUCUUCUGCCCAGACCCUGGCCCAGGCACUGGGAGCACAGCCCACCGCAGGCACCGCAGCUCAUCCACCAGGAGUGGCGGUGGUGAGCUGACCCUGGGGCUGGAGCCCUCCGAGGAGGAGCCCCCCAGGUCACCACUGGCACCCUCGGAAGGGGCUGGCUCCGAUGUGUUUGAUGGUGACCUGGUAAUAGGGGCAGCCAAGGGGCUGCAGAACCUCCCCCAACACGACCCGAACCCUCUACAGCGGUACAGUGAGGACCCCACAGUAACUCUCCCAUCUGAAACUGAUGGCUAUGUCGCCCCCCUGACCUGCAGCCCUCAGCCUGAAUACGUGAACCAGCCAGAGGUUCGGCCUCAGCCUCCCUCACCCCUAGAGGUCCCUCUGCCACCUUCUCGCCCUGCUGGUACCACUCUGGAAAGACCCAAGACUCUCUCUCCCAAGACUCUCUCCCCUGGAAAGAAUGGGGUUGUCAAAGACGUUUUUGCCUUUGGGAGUGCCGUGGAGAACCCUGAGUAUUUGGCACCCCGAGGCGGGGCUGCCCCUCCAUCCCAUCCUCCCCCUGCCUUCAGCCCAGCCUUUGACAACCUCUAUUACUGGGAUCAGGAACCAUCUGAGCAAGGCUCUCCACCCAGCACCUUUGAAGGGACUCCUACAGCAGAGAACCCCGAGUACCUGGGCCUGGAUGUGCCAGUGUGA